UUUAAGUUUUAAACAUAGAACAAAGUCCCUUUCAUCUUGCCAAAAGAAAUAAUUAUACACGUACAAGAAGCAACUAUCCAUAGCAAUGUCAUGCUAUAAGCAACAGGACACGAAGAUAAACACGCAUGAAACCUCUUUUGUUUUCUUGUCAUCCACAGACAAAAUAAAGGAUUUUGACUAAGGAAUAACUCUCAGGGCACUUUUGAACACCACACCGUCUCACAAUGAACACUCCCCACAAACAAAGCUCGAAGACCAGACUGACAACACCAGGCAGCAGCAGCAGAAGACAGAGGGAGAAACCGAGGAGGAAAAUGAAGGGUUCCAGGUUCGAUCUGGAGGCUUAUCUGGACAAGCUCAAGUGGGACAGACACGUCAAGGCCAAGCGUCGAGUUCCUCCUCAUUGCUCCAAGAACAAAUUCUGCGUCUACUCCAAAGACCCCGUCAAGGACGACCUUAUUUGGCGCUCUGUUGUGAAGGGUGAGAAUUCGGCUGCGCAGAGGAGAGACGCGGAUUACGCUUCUGCGCAGGAUCUCUAUAAGUUUUGUUCGUCGCGCCCCAGGAGUCCUUACCAAUCCUCCAACAGGAGCAGUUCCUGCGAUCGCCGUCAGGAGGACGCAUACGCGGAGGAUGCCUUCCUACGCCAUGAGCAGCUCUACGCCUAUGUGACCGACGGCCCACCAGUUCCUGAAACUUCAGCACGCUACAUCGGCUGGAGGUCCACGAUACCCGAACUUCGCCUGGAAAGGUACAACACCUGUAAUUAAGUUUUAUUAUUUUUUUUUACCUGUUGACGUAUCAACUUGGCUUUGGCGAGGCAAAACCAACUUGGAUAUGGAAAUGGUAUGGUGGUGUUUAUUCAGUUAUUUUGUUAAUGUCUUUGUGUGGUUAAUUUAUCGUGGAACACUCGUAUGUAUACAUGUAGUGUACAGGACUUAUAAACGGACACUGAUAAACUCAUAUAAAAAUAUAACCACGUGUGCGUAUUUGUAUAUAUAUGAACUACAUGCAUACAAAUACUACAUAGUAUA